UAUGAAUUCUGAAAACGAUAAUUCCUUAUCAGAGACAAACAGUGCAUAUAACAGGUUUAAGUAUUCUCAAGAUGAACUUGACUCUCAACGUCUAAAGAACUUAUUACAUGCACAAUCGAUUAAGAGCGGAAAGACAGACUUCUGGUAUAAACUAAAUAACCUGAUUGACAAGAUAAAGAUCUAUAAAGACACGUUCUCUGUUGUUCAAAAUAGCUCAAGGGAGCCUCCUAAACGUCGAAGGAGGAAAUCCUCAAAUUCCUCUGCUAAAGAUAUUGACAAGAAGGAUGCUUUCUCCAGAGAGGCUCGAAGGGUAAGGAAGUUCUUGCCCACUGUAAGGCUCAGAAAACCAAGUUUUCUAGUAUACAAAGACCAUCACAUGUACAAAUAAAAAUCCUACAAAGAAAAAGUUAAGAUCAGGGAGUUAUAUAAAUAGCUCCUUCCAAUCGAAAAUUCGGAAGAAGUCGAUGUGUGGUGCUCUGGAUCCGAGCUACUUCAACCCAGGGGAGAGGAACGGGUCGACUAAAUAAUGUUAUUUUCGAUAUCCAGAAAGCAGCAGUCCCAAGUAUCAAGCCAAAUAACUCCACAUUUGUUCCUCUGUUAUCCAUUUCUAAUGACCAUGAGUAUUCACCUCCAAAGAGCAUUCAGAAGAUCCCGUCAAUAGCUCCUUCAAUUGCCACUAAAACGUCUGCUCCAAAACUACCGAUCAAUGAAGCUCUCUCAGAAUCUUCUUAUAGCUCAAAUCCUGGGAAUCCAACUCAAAUAAAGACUUACUGUUUUAAUAGGAAGGAGAAAAUUAAGAAGAAUUCAUAUCAGCUUUGGAAAGAGAACAGGUUUGGUAAGAUGAUUCACGAGAAAAUGGUUUAUAAAGAGCAUAAAGAUGAUUCUGGGCAGAAUAAGCCAAAGGUUAAAUAUUUUGAUAAAUAAAAGGCUAAGUAGGCUUUCCAAACCAAGGAAAUACCCCAAGCUUAAAAUAAAGCGUAACCGGAGAAAAUUCAAUAUUAGUCAUGAUGUUCGCCAGGAUUUCCCUGAGAUAUCAAGCAAUAGGUCUAAAGUAGAGCUCAAAGACACUAUUGUGAAUGCUCAAAAGGCACAAAUUUUUGGAUGUGAUUUAAUGCUGGACUACUGUGUUAAAAAGAUGAAGAAUGUUGACAAGAAACCUAGCUCAAAUUUCAAACGAAAGAUAAAGUUCUUCGCUAAGGCCAACAAGAAGCUGAGAGCAAAGGUUGAACCCAAGUCUACCUCUAGGCCAUUAGACUUGCUACCUUCAGUAAGUAACUUUGCUAACAGGAGAAGGUCAGCCCAAUAAAAU